AAAUAUGUCAUUUUGUAACUUGCUGUGAUCCUACCUUGCUGCGUCCUAGUUCAUACUGUAUUCUAGCAGUGUUGUUAUUCAGCCCUUGCUGUAAACUACACUGUGUUUCAAUAUGAAGCUUGCAUUGUAACCCUGUGCUGCCCUGAAACGCCUGUGUGAGUCGCCUGGGAUAAAGCAGGCUGCCAAGUAAAUAGUAAUUUAACAAAAUUGCAUUGUCACUGAAAUUUCAGCAAGCAUGCUAUAAUUGUGUUUUAUAGUUCUGAUGAACCCCAGUUCUGCUUCCGAGUGCAGUGCAAGUCUGGCAACGCACACCCUUGCUGACUUUCGUCUUACUGCUAGCAGAAUUACUGACGAGAACCGAGCUUCUGCAAGCAAGGGGUCCAAACCCACUACUAGAGAGGAUUGAGUGACACAGGUGUAAAUGAUUCAGAAUGGAUCAGGAAUGUGAGGGAGAUGCCCAGAGAGGCGUGAAUUUCCAGUGGAGAAGCUAUAAACUGAUCGUGGACCCUGCCUUGCGCCGGGCAGCCCAAAAAGUGUAUCGAUACGAUGGAGUUGAGUUCAGCGUUCCUGACUCUGGCUACACCCCUGUGGGGGAACAGCGAGAUCCACGUCCUCGGAGGAUUUGGUCCAGACACCGAGAGAUCUCGCUUCCCAUCCCAAAGUUCAAGCUGGAUGAGUUUUACGUGGGUCAGAUCCCACUGAAGGAGGUGACUUUCGCCCGACUUAACGACAAUAUCAGGGAGCCCUUCCUGGCAGACAUGUGCCGGAAGUUCGGGGAGGUGGAGGAGAUCGAGAUCCUGCUCCAUCCCAAGACUCGGAAGCACCUGGGCCUGGCCAGGGUUCUGUUCACCACGACCCGCGGAGCUAAGGACACCGUGAAGAACCUGCACAGCACCUCCGUCAUGGGGAACAUCGUCCACGCGCAGCUGGACAUCAAGGGGCAGCAGAGGAUGAAAUACUACGAGCUCUUGGUGAACGGCUCUUACACCCCCCAGACGGUGCCCACGGGGGGCAAAGCUCUUACAGACAAAUUCCUCCCACCCACAGCACAGCUCCCUGACACAUCCACAGAUGUCCGUCGCAGAUCUUCCACUGAUCUCCCAGUCAGCAGCAGUGGCCCCAGUGGUUUUGUCCUGACCGGCAUGGCUGCAGGGCUACCAGUAGGCAUCCCCGGAAACAGCACCCCCUGUUCCCAGGACACUGGCUUUUCCAGCGGCCGGCUAGAUACCCCCAGCUCUUUUUCGGGGCCCUUCACCCCCAGCAACGCCUCUUCCUCCUCGCAGGGGGGUACCCCUUAUACUCCGAGGGGAGGAACCCCUUUUUCUCAGGACUCUCCUUUCUCAGUCAGGCAGGGGACUCCGGGCUACACAGGAGGAGGAGGAGGAGGAGGAGGGGGAGGGGGCGGGGGCGGCAGUUACCACCAGGACCCUCUGAUGUCCUCGUCGGUAAUAUCCUCUUCCUCUACCUCCCUGCCACCCCUGUCCUCCUCCUCCUCCUCCUCCUCCUCUAGCCUCCCUGUUGGUUACAAGAUCCGCCAGACGUCAAGAGAACUACCAAGACUCAGCCCUCGGCCCCUUAAUAAGUCCCAGUCGUCUUCAUCUCUAGGUCGUACGCGCGGAGGCCACGUAUGGCCACUAUUCCUCUUCCUAGCUACACGCCGAGCCAACGAAACACCACUACCCCGCGUACAGCGGCGGCCGGCCCAGGUAAAAGGGAGAAAGUACGCAGUGACUGCAGGGGAGCGUCUUCCCUUCCUGAGUUCUCGGGGUCACCACCACCACCACCACCACUCCUCCUCCCUGUCGGAGAGGCGAGAGGACAGGGGUUACAGAAGCAGCAGCAGCGGCCGUUCGGGGCCGGAAUCUUACUCGUCCGGCUACCACCGGCACAGGAAUCACAACAGCCGGGACCCGGAGCGCUACUCCGAGAAUCCCUCCAGUUCGUCCACGGCGGCCGCCUCUUCCACGACAGCGGAAGCCGCCUCCUCUUCCGCUAAAGCGUACCUCAAAGACAACCCCCGUUCCUCGCCCUUGCCCGUCUCCGCCCCGCCUCCCGCAACCGCUGCCUCCCGUUUUGAACAGCCGUCGGGCGACAAGGACUACAGGGUCCUCCCUCCUCUCCCGCCCGCCCCAGUGCCUGCUCUUCCGGAAAGCGGGGGCGUUGGCAGCAGCAGCAGCAGCAGCAGCAGCACAAGCAGCACGGCUGCCACCAGCAAUUCCUCCGAGGGAUUGUACUCUCCCCGCCUUCGCGCUGGACUUUCGGAAACAGCCGACAGUCCGGCUGAGCCCGUUUCAGCGCAGCUGCAGCCUCGCCCACGCUCCCCAGCACCCGAAUCCCAACCCGAACCCCCUCGAACUGGAGAUCCCACGCCAGCUGGCUCUGCCUCGGGCUCCCCGGCCCGUGCCGGAUCCCCGGCCCCCGAUUCGACCAACGAGAGCCUGCCGUUCACUCCGCACCACAGCAGCCUGGACUCUCGCAUCGAGAUGCUGCUCAAGGAGCAGCGGGCCAAGUUUUCUUUCCUAAGCUCCGACGAGGGAGAGGAGGGAGAGGAGAAGGAGGAGAAGAAGAAGAAGAAGGAGGGGAAGCAGGAGGCCGGAGAAAGGAGGAGAAAAGGGGAGGAGUCGAUCAGGGUGGGGCGCAGGAGAGGGGGGAGGAAAGAAGGGAGGGAGGGGCCAAGGAGCCCGGCCACAUCCCCUCCGACUUCAAAGACCGCUGCCUCAGCUACCCCGGCUGGAACAGACUGCUUCGAAGAAACGGCGCCCUCUAGAGGCGGGGCAGAUCCUAGGAGGAGAAACCCUGCACACAAUGGGCAAGAGCAGGACUAUGUCAAUCAUGGAAUGGGGAACGGGAGUCUGGUCGAGGGGAGGACCAUGGAGCUGAUGGACCGACUGGGUAACCAGUACGGCGGCCUGCCCCUGUCCUUCCAAAUGCAGACCCAAAUGCUCAGCAGGCUCCACCAAAUGAGGCUGAGCAACAACACAGCUUCAGCGCAGCCCAGCCCGGGCGACCCUGCAUCAUCCUCCUCCCCUUCGAAAGUCGGGGGCUCCUUCCACCCCUUCGACUACGCCACAUACCCCCCUCCACCUUACCACGAACCGGACGGGCCUUCCUCCUUCGACCAGGACCAUCGCUUCCCCCCUCCACCUCCCUCCCCCCUGCCUCCCCCUGUUGCCUCCUCCUCGCCAACCACCACACCCACUCACCGCCUCCAGCACCUGCCAACCGGGUUUCCCCCCGGACCCCACCUGCCUCCCCACCUCCCUACCCACCUCCCCUCCGCCUGGGGUCGCUGCCUGCCCCCGCAAGGGGUCUACCCCUCCUCUUCUCAAGGCCUGCCCCUUCCCUCCCCUGCCGGUUCUUACCCUGCCUACCCGGUUCAGAGUGACCCGCAUGAGGCCACGGUGGAGAGCGUGCUGUCCUCCCUCAUCCAGGAGAUGAAGAGCAUCAUGCAGAGAGACCUCAACCGCAAGAUGGUGGAGAACAUUGCCUUCGGGACGUUUGAUGAGUGGUGGGAACGCAAGGAGCUGAAAGCCAAGCCAUUCCAGAGUGCUGUCAAGCCCUCGGCGAAAGAAGAAGAGAAGAAGGAGGAGAAACUGAAGCUCAGAGAGCCGGGUCUGGUCUCCCUGGUGGACUGGGCAAAGAGCGGAGGGAUGGUCGGGCUGGAGGGCUUCGGGCUGGGGGCGGGGGGGCUCAGAGGGGCCCUCAGACUCCCGUCCUUCAAGGUGAAGAGGAAAGAACCACUUGAGCUGUCUGAGGGGGGUGAUCUGAAGAGAGCCCGCCCCUCCACUCCUGAUGAUGAUGGUGACCGGGACUCGAAGGCCGGGCCGAGGGGAGAGGACGAUGAUGACGAGGAGGAAGAUGAACGCAGGAGGAAGAGCCGACACAAGCGAAGGAAAUCCUUCGAUCUGGACAGCGAGGGAGAGGAGACUUCCGACGACUCGUCCUCUGAUAAAGAGGGUGAGGAAGAGGAUGAUGAUCCGGAGGAAGAGUCAGAAGACGAGGUGGUGAGCGAUGCCUCCUCGAAAGCCGACUCGGACGAAGAGGAGAGCGAGUCUUCGUCGGACUCGGAGAGCAGCUCGGGAUCCUCUUCCUCCUCCUCCUCCUCCUCCUCCGAGGAAGAAGAGGAGGAGGAAGAGGAGGAGGUGGUGAGCCGGCGGAGGGACGAGGAAGAGGAGACGGCAGACACCAUGGACGACUCCACGAUGGAUGGCUCUGUGGCAGAGGUGGAGGAUAGAGACGUCUUCUCUGAAAUGGCCGCUGAAAAGACGGCGAGUUUGGAGGUCAGACCAGAAAAAUGCGAGCAGCCCAAAAAAGCAGACAAACCCCCGGAUGACAUCAUGCAGCUGCCUCCCCCUAUUGUUCGCUCCCAGCUCCCACUCCCUCUCCCCCCUUCCGAAUCCCUCCUGCCCGCCCGCAAAGACGCCACCCCGAUCCUGCCUCCCCUCAAAAAGCGCCGGAAAACCGUUUCCUUCUGCAUGGAGGAAGAUCACAAUGACAACACGCGCUCUGAGCAACUGCCCGCUGCCGCCCUGCUCUCUGUGACCCAGCCAGCCGCUCCGAUCGCCCUUUCCCUUUCCUCUGCCAUGCUUUCCCCAGUCAAAUCCCAGCCUCCGGAAUCCAUCCUGACCACCCCCAAAACAGAGCCCUCCUCCCCAGUCCUCCUGCCCUUCUCCAACUUCCCCAAACCCAGCGAAUCUGGCAUGGGGAGCAGCCCUGUCAGAAAAGACGCCCCCGACAUCCUCACCAUCCCCCCUCCGCUACGCCCAGCUGCCGCUGCCCCAGAGACCCUGCCCCCGACUCCGCCCCGCGCCCAAGCCCAGCUCAAACCAAGCCGUCGCAGCCCCAAAAUGAUCUGCCGCACCGUCCUCAACCUGCCCCUGGAUCACGCGUCUUUGGUCAAAGCGCCUGUGGAGGAGCCGGUGACCAGCAGGGGGCGCCCUCGAGGCCGUCCCAGAACCGUGAGCCAGCCGGUGGGAUCAGCGGAGGAUUCAGACCAGAAACUGACACUGAAGGAGCAGCUGGGAGCCUCUACUCUCCUGGAGCUGGCCAACACUGCCGCCUUCUCCUCCUCCUCCCCGACCCGCCCCGACCCUGGCUCGCCAGUCGACCUCUCCGUGCUGGCUGAUGUCGCUCUCCACAAGCUGCCGCUCGCUGGAGGGGAGGAGGAGGAGGAGCAGGAGGAGGAGGGAGGAGACAAGCUCUCUGGGGGCGACCUGUACCUGGGGGAUUCAGAAGAGACAGAGACCUCGGACGAGGCAGAGGAGCAGAGGAUGCUGGGAGGGCCCCCUCGUCCCCCACAGGAAUCCCCGCUCUCGGUCCUGCUGGAACACAACUACGCCAAGCCCCUCGUCCCGUCGCCAGCCACCCCGAGGAAAGGAAGUGGGAACAAGGCAGCCGAGCCCCCAGCUUCUGUGACUUUGAAUCACGACAUGGAGACCGUUCUGGAAGCGCCGGAGGAGGUCAUCGGGGAGUCUGCUCCCCUGCCCGUCUCUGCCGCCACUCCCUCCCCCACCUCCUCCUCUUCCGUCGCGGGGGUGGGCAAGACAGAGCCCGGGGUCGGGGAGCUGCGUGAGGAGAAGAGGAAAGGGGAGGAGGUAGAGGAUGAGACCGCUCCCGUCGUCACGGGCCAGCGGGGCAAGAGAAAGGGAAGAAAGAAGAGGAGGAAAGAGAAGCAGAAGCAGCAGAAGUUAUCGCAGGCAGAGGAGGAAGAGGAGGAAAUAGACGUCGAGGAUUUAGAACCAGGCCAGGUGAUGAACUCUGAAGAGGAAGACGAGGGGGAGGAGAGGAGGAAGAGCAAGAGGCUGAUCCAGCUGCAGGCGGCAGACGGGGGCCCCAGACAGCCGCAGAAGAGGACGGCGCCCCCCGCUGGCCCGCUGCGGUAUGAGCAGCGCAGCGAGUUCGAGCAGAUGACCAUACUCUACGACAUCUGGAACUGCGGGCUGGACGUGGAGGACAUGCGGCUCCUCAAACUGACCUACGAGAAGCUGCUGCAGGAGGACCACAGGACAGACUGGCUCAACGACACCCACUGGGUCCAUCACACCAUCACCAAUAUCCCGAACCCUCGGAAAAGGAAGAGAUCUCAGGACAAGCAGCUGAGGGAGCACAAGUCUGGCUGCGCCAGAGGCGAGGGGUACUACUCGAUCAGCAAGAGAGAGAAAGACAUCUACCUGGACGUGUAUCCUGUGAGCGCCAGAGAGCUGGAAUAUGACUCCCAGGAAUCACGACUUUAAAAAAAGCGCAGGUCGGAGCAGAGAAGGUUGCUGAGCGCUAUUGGCACCCAGGCUGUCAUGGACAGCGACCUGCUGAAGCUGAAUCAACUCAAGUUCCGUAAGAAGAAGCUUCGCUUUGGCAGGAGUCGGAUUCACGAGUGGGGCCUCUUUGCCAUGGAACCCAUUGCUGCUGACGAAAUGGUCAUCGAAUACGUGGGACAGAACAUCCGACAGGUGGUGGCGGACAUGCGCGAGAAGCGAUAUGCCCAGGAGGGGAUAGGGAGCAGCUAUCUGUUCAGAGUGGAUCACGACACCAUCAUUGAUGCCACCAAAUGUGGCAACCUCGCCCGAUUCAUCAACCAUUGCUGCACGCCGAACUGCUAUGCCAAAGUGAUCACCCUGGAAUCCCAGAAGAAGAUCGUGAUCUACUCCAAGCAGGCGAUCGGCAUGAACGAGGAGAUCACGUACGAUUACAAAUUCCCCAUCGAGGAGAACAAAAUCCCUUGUCUGUGCGGCACGGAGAACUGCAGGGGAACGCUGAACUAAAAAAACACCCCCAAAACAGUCCUCUUCUGCCUUCCACGCACAAUGAUGGCACCGCACCUACCCCUCUACUCCCUUUAAAAAAAAAAAAAAAAAAAAUACUUUUUGAAAAAUUCCCCUUCAUUUCCACGCUGCUGCUUAUCGUUCUUAUUAAUUUUGUCUUUUUUUUUAUUUUUCAAUCGAGUAUCUACCGACCUUCUACCAAUGCUGGUUCUGCAAUUUAAAAUAAUUACAUUAAUAAUAAUAAUAAUAAUAAUAAUAAUAAUAAUAAUAAUUUAUUUUAGUGAAAACAGGGCUGAUCAAGCUGGUAGUAAAACCUGGACUGGAUCACGCUACUGUAAAAAUGCCAGGGUCCCGGAUGAGAGAGAAAUUCGACUUUUAAAACAGUUUAACUGAUAAAUUAUUGUAAAGGCGAGGGAAGGACAGUGGAUUUUUUUUUUUUUUUUCUACAAUUAGUUUUUAAUUGUAAAAAUUAAAGCCGUUUUAUUUACUUCCAUUGUAUUUUCUCAUCCAGUCUUUAAAAUAUCAUUUUUUAUUUAUUUAUUUUUUUAAAAACCAGCUAUCUGUUAAAAGAUUUCGGGUAGGGCACUAGAGCUUCACAGGGAUUUCAAUUUCAAACUGUGCAAGCAGCAGAAUUGAAUCGACAUUUUAAUUUGUUCAAAAAAAGACUCCUAGUUGUAUUAUUAUUAUUAUUGUUAUUAUUGCUAUAAAAAUUAAUUUAAAAAAAAUUAACAGCAGUGUAUUUCCCUUCGGUUUUGCUAAACUCUCUCGUCUGCUUCUUGCUGAAGACGUUUUGGGUUUGAACUGCACUUAUGUUUAUUGAUUUAGCAGGCUUACAAUCGUGUAACAGUCAAUGCAGAGAAUCACUCAAAUAUUCAAUGCUUCUAGCCACAGCUAUUGCAGGAAUCUGUUUCUACUGAAAGAUAUUUCACAGGCUGAGCGCUAUUUAGGUCCUGUUAUUCUACAUAGCUACCCUUUUGCAAAUUAGAUUUUUCAUUUGUUGUGAAAUUUCAGGGUUGAAAAUAGACUCCUAUUGCACAGCAGUGUGAUCCAGUCCAGGUUUUACUAGCAGCUUGAUCAGCCCCCAGUGUGUUUAG